AUGGCAGGAUCAAGCUCUGCUGAGCUUCGUACACCAGUUUUCAAUAGAGAAAACUAUGAGUUUUGGAGCAUUCGAAUGAAGACCAUUUUGAAAUCUCAUGGGCUGUGGGAUUUGGUUGAAAAUGGUUUUGAUGCUUCAGAUCCAAAGAAGGGAAAAGGAAAGGAAGAAGGAUCUAUGGCUGCUGAAGAAGAGAAGUCCACGUCGGUUGAGAUUUUGAUGAAGGAUGCUCGUGCACUUGGGCUGAUCCAAAGUGCAGUCUCAUACCAAAUUUUUCCCAGAAUAGUGAAUGAAGAAACCUCAAAGGGUGCAUGGGAUAUUCUGAAGCAGGAGUUUAGAGGCGAUAAACAGGUACGAAGUGUCAAGCUACAAGGCUUACGUAGAGAGUUUGAAUACACUCGUAUGAAGGAUAGUGAAUCAUUUUCUGUUUAUGUUGCCAAACUGUUUGAUCUAAUUAAUCAAAUGAAAAGUUAUGGUGAAGAGUUAUCUAGAGAAAGAGUUGUGCAGAAAUUGCUUAUUAGCUUGCCUAGAUCUUAUGACUCUAUAUGUUCUGUGAUUGAGCAUUCCAAGGAUCUUGACACUCUUGAAAUUCAAGAAGUGGUUGCAUUCCCCAAGAACUUUGAGCUCAGAUUGGAUAGGCACACUGAAAAUUCCACAGAAAAGGCUUUUACUAGCCUGAACAUAGAGAGUAAAAGUUCCAAGAAUGGAAGCUCUUUUGGAAGUAACAAGUCUCAGAAGAACUGGAAGGGAAAUGGGAAGAAUUGGAGUAACAAGUCUAAUUCUAACCCCAAACCAAAUGCUUCAAAUGAAGGAACCAAAACACUUUGCAAGCACUGUGAAAAAUUGCACUAUGGCAAGUGCUGGUUUGAGGGAAAACCAAAAUGCAGAGGAUGUGGAAAGUUUGGACACAUGGUCAGAGAUUGUCAUGGAAAUCAAUCUGUACAGAAGGUGAAUUAUGCCAAUCAUGUUGAAGAAGCUGGAACACUGUUUUUUGCAUGCAAUGUCAUGACAGAUGUGAAGUUGAACAAUUCUUAG